UAUAGAUAUUUAUAGCCUAGGGUGAUAUCCAGAAUGUUAUUUAGAAAAUGUACUUUAUCCAUGAACCGAUGUCUGUCGACCAAUCAUGUUUAAUAUUUUCUAUGUAGGUGAAGAAAUAAGGUUAGAAUUGUGUUGAAAUAAAAUAAUAAUAAUUUUAAAAAGUCUAUUUCUAUGAGGUGAUGAUCUGUCGGACCCUGUGUCUCCUUCAGCAGAGCCUGGUCAUGGACUUUAACCUGCUGACAGACAGUGAGGCUCGCAGCCCAGCUCUGUCCCUGUCAGACUCUGGGACGCCACAGCACGACCCGGGAUGUAAAGGCCAGGACAACAGUGACACAGAGAAAUCCCAGCACAACCAGCUGGAUGAGUCCAGCGCUGAGGACAGCUCUCUGAAGAAGAAGCAGCGGCGGCAGAGGACUCACUUCACCAGCCAGCAGCUGCAAGAGCUGGAGGCCACGUUCCAGAGGAACAGAUACCCUGAUAUGAGCACCAGAGAGGAGAUCGCAGUGUGGACCAACUUGACCGAGGCCAGAGUCAGGGUUUGGUUCAAGAACCGUCGUGCCAAGUGGAGAAAGCGAGAGAGGAACCAGCAGGCGGAGUUGUGCAAGAACGGCUUCAGUUCUCAGUUUAAUGGACUCAUGCAGCCGUACGACGACAUGUACACGGGCUACUCCUACAACAACUGGGCCACCAAGAGCCUGGCCAACAGCCCGCUCUCUGCCAAAAGCUUCCCCUUCUUCAACUCCAUGAACGUGAGCCCGUUGUCAUCACAGCCCAUGUUCUCCCCCCCCACUUCCAUCCCUUCCAUGAACAUGGCCCCCAGCAUGGUACCCUCAGCUGUAACAGGGGUCCCUGGAACUGGCCUCAACAACCUGGGCAACCUCAACAACCUCAACAGCCCCACUGCAGCAGCAGCGCUCAACUCUGUGGCGGUGACGGCGGCCACCUGCCCGUACGCCACCACGGCCGGGCCCUACAUGUACAGAGACACCUGCAACUCCAGCCUGGCCAGCCUCCGGCUCAAGGCCAAGCAGCACACCAACUUUGCCUACCCGGCCGUGCAGAACCCCGUGUCCAACCUGAGCCCCUGCCAGUACGCUGUGGAUCGGCCGGUGUAAAAAAGCCAAUUCUGACCCCUACCCUUGUGUGACCCAGCCGACCCCCGAGCCACUACAAGGCCUCUGCACAUCAGUGGUGAUGCAAAAAAAAGCGGAUUUAUUCUAGAGCAGUUUCUAAGACAUCUCAUCUGUCAGUGAUUCACUCAUCUGUCAGUGAUUCACUCAUCUGUCAGUGAUUCACUCAUCUGUCCAAUCAAAUGUUCAUUAGCGUCUAACGUCUAGCUUGAUGUCUACAGUAAAACAGAUUAUGAAGAAAUUUAUCGGGUUUAGUUUGAUCAAAAAUGUGACUUGAAACAGUAACAGGUUUUUAUUUAAUACUGACCGGGUAUUUUAUCCGGUUUAUCCGAGUUGCAAACCUGCUCUAAAACACGAGCUAAACAGGUAAAGCUAACUCUACUUUUUGGUCAAAUGUUAGCUGUGAGAGAAAGCAACUCUUGCUAACUGCUUACAGGCCUCUAGCUAACAGGCUAAACUGAGCCAACCUAAAACAAAAAUCCCAAAAUACAGUUGACAACAAUGUCAAACUGUACGACUAGAUUUUGACACCAGUUAAAACGGAGCUGCUGCUCUAAUCAGUUCCAACAUUUUGUACUUUUGUUUAUUGGAAAAGCUAAAGCUAAAGUAGAGAAAUGUAAACUGUGACUGCCUUCACUCUAAUGAUUAUCAACCUGUGGUUUGUUUAAAUCUGAUGUGCAGAGGCCUUGACUCUGGUGAUGAUCCAGCUUCACUCCACCCUUCAGCUCCAUGUCUUUGUUAGCAGUAAUGCUAACUGGCUAGUCAGGCUAUUGGACUGCCACACAUGUCUGAAGUGAGGACACUUUGACCACUACUGUCUAUCACAUGAUCAACCUGCAUGAUUAGAGCAACAAUAGAGAACUGAGGCUGAAAACACACAACACGGACGUUUGACCCCUAGUGGUCAAAAUGGGGACCUGUGGUAACGAUGUGGAGUAAUGUAUAUAAACAGACUUUUUUUUCUGUUUUGUAUGUGACAAAAAGUAAUGAAAAUGUAGAAAUUUUGACCUGAGAAAAAGCAUGAUCUUCAAAUCAAUGUCACUAUGAUGAGGUCACAUUCAGGAGGAUUAAAGGGACAGUUCAGGUUUUGCUGUGGUUGUAUGACAUACGGCCACUCAGCUGGGAGCGCCCCCUGCACUGAGAACAGAAUACUUUCAACAUUUUAUCUUUGUGCUUACCUUUCAACAUGAAAAACUAGGACGUUUGUAAACCACUGUGGACCAAUGUGAAACAAUGUGGACCAAUGUGGACCAAUGUGGACCAAUGUGGACCAAGGUCCAAAGACACAACAGUGACUUUAGGUCAUAGAACCAGAAGAACUGCUAGUCCACUGCUGCCUCAUGUGGUCAGUUUGUUUCACUAAAGGGAAAUCCAAACUAACAAUGGAGACAGCAGUGACGUCACUGGUCCGUUCGCUGGUCCGUUCGCUGGUCCGUUCGCUGGUCAGUCAGUGCUGAGUCAAUACCUCAAACAACCACAUUUUAGAACUGUCCCUUUAAACCUUGUUAUGACUUCCUCUCCCUCUGGAGGUCAAAGAUCAGCCCCCACCCCACCCCCACCAGGUUUUAGGACUUUUCUAAAAGCCAUUGAUUAUAGAUGUGUGUGGUGUUCAACUGUACAGAGACUAAAAAUGUAUGUAAGAGUGCCCCCCGUCCCCCGCCCCCCCACCACACGGCGUAACCUGCUUUGUCUCA